CCAUCCAAGCGGACCGUUGCGGAGGAGAAAUACGGCGCCCGCGACGACCAGCUAGAGAUCCAGCAGUAGCGCCUCGGGGCCACUCGGCUGAGACAGCCACGAUGAAUCCGGCACUACCACUGCUACUAUCGGUGAUGUUGUCGAAGAAUGGCCCUGCAACCGAAAGGUGCGACCUGCCCUCCACGCUCGCCGAGGAGAUCGACGGUUACAGGCCCGUGGUACGGCGCAUCCUGUCGGCCUUCGACUAUGGGCCCCAGUCCGGCACCACGUACCGCGCUCUGGCCGAGUUUGCCGACCACUUCGGCCACCGCCUGGUGGGCUCCGAGAGCCUCGAGGCCGCAAUUGACGAGCUCGUGGCGGCGUUGCGGGUCGCCGGCGUGGACCGCGUCGUAACGGAGCCCGUUGAAACGCCGGUGUGGCUGCGCGGUCGCGAGAUGGCGGCGCUGGUCGAGCCCCGACACGUGCCGCUCGACGUGCUCGGCCUGGGUGGCUCGGUUGCUACGCCACCGGGGGGCAUCACGGCUCCUGUGCUGGUGGUGCGCUCCUUCGAGGAGCUCGAGCGUCGCAGCGCCGAGGUGAACGGCACAAUCGUGUUGUACAAUCCAGAGUGGACCAGCUACCUACAGUACGUGCCGUACCGCACCAAGGGGCCUUCGCACGCAGCCAGAUACGGAGCCGUGGCGGCCCUUGUGCGUUCUGCGACCCCGGCCUCCCUGUACACGCCGCACACGGGGAUGUUGGACUACAUGCCCGGCUACCCGAAGAUACCCGCCGCUGCAGUCACCGUCGAGGAUGCUGACAUGUUGUCGAGGCUCGCGAAACGUGGUUCCAAUGUUUUCGUGCAUUUGGAGAUGAGCAACAACCACACGCACGGCGUCUCCAGAAACAUUGUCGCCGACAUCACGGGCUCAGUAUUUCCGGAGCAGUACGUGAUCGUGGGCGCGCACACGGACAGCUGGGACGUAGGCCAGGGCGUCGUAGACGACGCGGGUGGCGUGUUCAUCGGCCUGGCGGCGAUGGCGCAGCUGCGCCGCAUGCAGCUGCGACCACGGCGCACGCUGCGCCUGGUGCUGUGGACCGCCGAGGAGAACGGCCUGCACGGGGCCACCGAAUUCGUGCGCCGGCACCGGGACGAGAUGGACGCCGUGUCGCUGGCGCUCGAGUCGGACAUCGGCACGUUCGCCCCUGUCGGGCUCACCACGAGCGGCGGCGACAACACGACCGCUUGCAUCUUGCGCCGGCUGCUCACCCUGACAGCGCCCAUUGGCGCUACGCGGCUCGAACCCGCCAACGGCCGCGGCUCCGACGUCACCAAGCUGGAGGAGCUCGGCGUGCCGGCAUCCGUGCUGCUGACGCGCAACGAACGGUACUUCCACUACCACCACACGCGCGCCGACACCAUGAGCGCCUUGAGCAGCCGCGAUCUGGACCUGUGCGCGGCCUUCUGGACGGCCGUGGCUUACGUGGUGGCUGACCUGAGAGAGAUGCUGCCCCGAGGUUGACCGCCUGUGUCGCCCACACCGUCGUGUACGAGGGAGACUCGGUGCGUGCGCUGUAUACUCUGCGACCUUCCGUGCCAUGGAAACGCUUUGCGAAGAUGAACGCAGCAGCGAUGUGCAGCAGACACUGCAGCUCCUGUUGGUCGAACAAAGCGGCACGGGAUAGGCGUGCUGCCACCACUGACACUCAGCGGUUGCAUCUUGUGCGCGUGCGUUUCUCUACCCUCUGUGCGAAAGAUUUUGCCUUCCAUUGGAAGGGUUGAAUGUGAGAAAAUUAAAGAGCAUGAGUCAGAGCGCAA